GUGAUUGACCUUGACCACUGAAACGCGGGAAACCAGCGCGUCUGCUGAUUAGUGUAAUUGCUGAGUUUUCUUGAAAUUUAGUAGUUUGAAUUAUUAAAAGGUAAGACUAAUCCAAGUUUCUAUAAUCAUUAUAUAUAUAGAAGUACAAAAGCGUCUGAUUUCGUUUUGAGAUUAAAUAAAAUUAACUAUUUAAUUUAUCGCUCAACUUUAGCAUGUCAACUCCAAGGAAAUCACGUCGAAGAGCAGGCUCAGAAGCUUCGAGCGAAUUAUCGACAGUAGAGCAGAGUCCUAGAAAAACUCCCAGACGCUCAGCCAAAAAGAAAACUCCUUUGAAGAAUGUUACUAAUUCUGAAGGAGAAAGACCACUGUUUUCCAGUGAACCUGACCGACAAAGCAUCGGACCAACAAGCGAACUCGACGAGGCAAGCUCUCCAUUGCAAUAUGGAACACCGUCAUCUGUUAGAACCCCAAGAACUCCUAUGAGUGUGAGAACCCCAAUGAGAGGACGUCCAGAUGUAUCAACUCCAGAUUUGCGUUUAAUUAAUGUUCGCAAAGAGGGUGAUCAGGCCUCUCAGAGUCAAGAUAUUGAACACGAACAGGUAGUCUGGGGAACAGACAUAAAUCUUAAUCAUCUUAAGAUGAAAUUUCAACAAUUUUUACAACGUUUCGUCGUUGACGAAGCUGUUGAAAAUGCUGAUGACGCUAUGGAUAUAUCACGUCCAUUUUAUAUUGAAAAAAUAAAUCAGAUUGCUAUAACAGGUGAUCCAGUCGUAAAUCUUAACUGCGACCAUCUUAAAACAUUUGAUGAACAAUUACAUCGUCAACUUGUUCACUAUCCAGGAGAAGUUAUUCCCGUCUUUGAUAAUAUUGUUAAUGAAAUGUUUUUCGAGAAGUACACUGAUAUAACUCUGGAGCACGAAGUUCAAGUACGACCAUAUAACGCUGGUGAUAGUAAAAAUAUGAGAUCGUUGAAUCCUGAAGAUAUUGACAAAUUAAUCACUAUAUCUGGGAUGGUAAUUCGAACAUCAUCUCUCAUUCCUGAAAUGAGAGCUGCCCUCUUCAGAUGUAUAUCAUGCCAGAAUACAGUUACAUCAGAGUUGGAAAGAGGACGUAUUACUGAACCAACUGUUUGCAGAAAUUGCAAUGCAUCUCACUCGUAUCAAUUGGUUCACAACCGUUGUUUUUUCACAGAUAAACAAAUGGUUAAACUUCAAGAAGCUCCAGAGGAAAUGCCUGCUGGUCAUACUCCACAUACCUGUGUUAUGUUCUCUUAUAUGGAUCAAGUAGAUAAAGUUCAACCGGGUGAUCGUGUCUUUGUAACUGGAAUUUACAGAGCCCAACCAAUUAGGGCAAAUCCGACUCAAAGGAAUGUAAAGAGUGUAUAUAAAACUUAUAUCGACGUUGUACAUUACGCGAAAUCAGACGCUAGAAAGAUAGGCGACAGCGGAGUUGAAGAUGGCGAUAGCGUAAUCAAAUUAUCGGAGGAAAGAAUCAAAUUUCUUCAAGAUUUAUCUAAAAAACCAGAUAUUUAUACUCGACUUGCAAAAGCCUUAGCUCCAAGCAUCUACGAAAAUGAUGAUAUCAAAAAAGGAAUUCUUCUGCAAUUGUUUGGAGGUGCUAGAAAGAAUUUUGCUUCCUCCGGAAGGAAUCAUUUUAGAUCGGAACUGAAUAUCUUACUUUGCGGUGAUCCUGGUACUUCAAAAUCUCAAUUACUGCAAUACGUGUAUCACCUUGUGCCUCGCGGCCAAUACACUUCUGGAAAAGGUUCAAGUGCUGUUGGUCUUACGGCCUAUAUAACAAAAGAUCCAGAAACGAAACAAUUAGUACUGCAAACCGGCGCACUCGUUUUAGCCGAUAAUGGUGUAUGCUGUAUUGACGAGUUUGACAAGAUGAAUGAUUCUACUCGUUCUGUCCUACAUGAAGUUAUGGAACAGCAAACUCUUUCUAUUGCCAAAGCUGGAAUUAUCUGCUCCCUGAACGCAAGAGCAUCAAUUCUGGCUGCAGCAAAUCCAGUGGGAUCACAAUGGAAUAAAGAUAAAACAAUUAUUGAAAAUAUUCAAUUAUCACAUACUCUGUUGUCAAGAUUCGAUCUUAUUUUCUUGAUAUUGGAUCCGAACGAUGAAACUUAUGAUAGGCGUUUAGCUUUACAUUUAGUCUCAUUGUAUUACAGAUCGGAAGAUCAAGUAGAGGAUGAACAUUUGGAUUUAAGUAUCUUGAAGGAUUAUAUAUCUUAUGCGCGUAAUAGUUACCAUCCAAAAUUGACUGAACCAGCUUCCGAAUGUUUAAUCGAAGCUUAUGUGGAUAUGCGUAAAUUAGGAUCUGGUAGAGGCCAAGUGUCCGCUUAUCCCAGACAACUGGAGUCGCUUAUUCGAUUAGCCGAAGCUCACGCUAGAAUGAGACUUUCCAGUUCCGUCGAUGUCGUUGACGUUGAAGAAGCUAAAAGACUGCAUAGAGAGGCUCUCAAACAAUCUGCAAUAGAUCCGGCAACAGGUAGAAUAGACGUAUCAAUCCUAACAACUGGUCUUUCAGGCGCAGCAAGACAAAAACGUGUAGAAAACGUUCGCGCACUAAAUAAGUAUAUUACGGAUAAAUGUAAAACAGCAACGAUCAACUAUCAGAAAUUAUUCGAAGAGUUCCGUGAAAAUUUAGAAGCGUUUUUACCGAGAGAACAGUUUGACGAAGCGCUAAGAGAUUUACAAGAAGAUGGAAGAAUCGUUAGAACCUCUAACGUUAUUAGAAUUUUAUCCUAA